UUUUUUUUUUUUAUUUGAAAAAAAAAUCAUAUACUCUCCUAUUAUUCUAUAAUAUGUAAUUGCGGAUGAUUCAAAAUCAAUACAAAUUGUAUACUUUGCUUUCUACAUCAGAAGUCAGAACCUUGUACUUCACGUCUGAUAUAACUCAUCCUAAAUAGAAACAUAGCCUAAAAAUUGACAGCAUAUCUUCUUUGAAUUUGACCCUUUAAAAGUGGAUACCUGUUUUCCUCUGACAAUUAUUCAACAACUAAGCCAUUCCUCAUAUAGCAUCUACCGCUACAUUAAUGAAUGUUAAUUUUAAUAUAGUGGCACACAAAUGUAAUUUUCGCACUACUGGGCCUUCAGGUCUCAAAGAUAAUGGACAAGCCAUCAAAGAUCAGUCUUUGAAUUACAGGUAUAGGACUUCAGGGCAGGACCCAAUAAAUUUGAUUAUGUUUCUUGCAAGCAAUGCACUUCCUAGUUGCAAAAACCGGUAGUGAACUCCAAGACUGCCAUAACUUGUAUUUCUUGCAACUCCAUAACUAACACAUCAAGGUCUCAUAGCGACCACACACUCACACACAUAUAUAUUGGAAGAAAACUACCUGAUUUUUCAUUAUAGACAAUAGAGCAAGACGAUAAUCAGCUAAUUGGAGAUUCAGGAUGAAAUACUUGAACCUUCUUUCAUUUGUGUUCUUUAUUGUCUUCACCAGCAUCCAGGUUUGCUUGGCAGACUGUGAUAAUCUACAAGACUCUUGUCCAGCAGUUCCUCCUGAAAAGCAGACAAUAUUCAUCAAUGGUCUUCCCUGCAAGAACCCAGAGAAUACAACAGCUCAAGAUUUUAAAACCUCAGAAUUGAGCGAAGCUGGUUCUACUGACAACAUUUUCUCUUCGUCCAUGAAGAUUGUGGGUGCUUCAGAGUUUCCAGGUCUGAACACUCUUGGACUCUCCAUCGGCAGAAUUGAUAUUGACGCAGAUGGUCUUAUAACUCCUCAUUAUCAUCCAAGAGCUACUGAGGUCAUCUUUGUCACCAAAGGUAAAUUGGUGGUUGGAUUCCUCGACACCAAAAACCAGCUUUUUCAGAAGUUUCUCUCUGCAGGCGAAGUGUUUGUGUUUCCUAAGGCUUUGCUCCACUUCAUUCUGAAUCGAGGCUUUGAAGCUGCUACAGUUAUCUCAGUGUACAGCAGCCAAAAUCCAGGGUUGGUAUCCUUCACUUCUGCAGCAUUUGAUAACACAUUGGAAUCAAUAGAGAAGCUAAAGAUAAGACUUACAUCACUCUCUGCCUCAGAAAUUCACAACGUUAACGAUUUGAGUUUGUCAGGAUUGGACAACAUUCACUUUUAGCCAUAUCAAACUAUUGUCACGUCAGUUCCAAAAUUAUAGUGGAAUUUUUUUUUAACAGUUUUACUAUUUAUUGAAUGAAUGUGUAAGUUUACGUUGGUGAAAUGAGUUCGUGGGCCACGUAAA